AUGAAGAACAAGGAAGGUUGGGACGGAAAAAUGAGAAUGGAGCCCAAAGCUGUUAUCACGAACCCAGAGGCGCUGGAGGAUUCUGAUUACUCGGAUCCGGAGGCGCCCCCGGUCGAGGAGAUUGAGGCCGAUGAAGAUCUAUUGGCAGACGAGGAUGUCAAUUCAGAGGAUAUCGACCUCGUGCAUUGCCGGAUAUCAUCGAUUUCUGCGCUUAAACUGGACCGCUUUCCCAAGCUACAGAGACUAUGCAUGCGUCAAAAUCAAAUAUCGCGCAUCAAUUUUCCUCCCAAUAUCGCUGCCAGUUUGACCGAACUCGACCUUUACGAUAACCUCAUCUCUCACAUCAAAGGCCUGGAGGAAUUCCAAAACUUGACUAGCUUGGAUCUGAGCUUCAACAAGAUCAAGCACAUCAAGAAUAUCUCCCAUCUCAAGAAGUUGACGGAGAUUUACUUUGUCCAGAACAAGAUCGCUCGCAUCGAGGGCUUGGAGGAAUUAACUGCCAUCAAGAACCUGGAGCUAGGUGCGAAUAAGAUUCGGGAAAUUGAAAACCUGGAAACCUUGACCGCGCUGGAGGAACUUUGGCUUGGGAAGAACAAGAUUGUUGAGAUGAAGAAUCUGGACGGUCUAUCAAAUCUGCGCAUCAUUUCCAUCCAAUCCAACCGCCUCACCAAGAUCACUGGCCUCUCCGCUCUCCCAAACCUUGAAGAGCUCUACCUCUCUCAUAACGCGAUAACAGACCUUUCAGGACUGGAAUCUAACGAGUCCCUGCGCGUGCUUGACUUCUCCAACAACCAGGUCUCUCACCUUGAACAUCUCUCUUCACUCAAGAACCUCGAGGAGCUGUGGGGGUCUAAUAACCAGCUUGCUAGCUUCGAGGAAGUCGAGCGCGAGCUCAAAGAUAAGGAGAAAUUGCAGACUGUCUACUUCGAGGGUAACCCGUUGCAGAUGAAUGGGCCAGCUGUGUACCGUAAUAAGGUGCGCCUGGCGUUGCCGAAUAUCCAGCAAAUUGACGCUAUUAUCGAAUGCGAGCGGAUUGAUUCUCUACAUAGAGUGUAA